AUGGUCCUCCGCACCUUCCACAUCUUUCCGACCAGGAGAGGCGAAGCCCAGCUGAGGCUGCAAGCCUGCGAACAGCAUGAUGAUUGGUUUAUUGCAGAUCAACCCCACCUUUUUGAGACUUUCCAUAGGCAUCUGAACAUGCUCGCCUUUGAUGCGGAGGAUACGGCACGCAUGGUGAGAUUCUUCGAUGCGUUGCAUAUCAACGAUCGGUUACUGUCUACGGCGGCCAUUUGCAGGCCCCGGCCUGGUCUGGCCUUCACGGUGCGGGAGGACUACAAAAGUUUGCUCUUGUCCAGAGCUGAAUCCAUCUCUCGCUUAGCCCGGAAUUAUGGGUCUCAGCCGCCCGAGAUAUCCAGACUCCUUGGGGAUAUAGAAGUGCGGAGUGUUGAUGAAGUGCAUGUCGAAUGGACCAUUCGUUCCCCAUCCCAGGAGACUAUCGAACACUAUGCGGAUAGAAGAUUAGCUUUGAUUGUGAAAGAGAAGAAUCGCACACAACUCUACAUACGUCAUAGAGAUGCUGAUGCACGCAAUGUGCAGUUCGAGAUCUCUGAACAGUUGGCUCAGUUAUCGAGGGGGGACUUUGCGAGCCACAAACUGUGA